AUGUCAAGACAUCGCGCUGUUCGCAAUCUCGACCUAGACGAGGAGCUCGCGGAAGACGACUACUACGAUGAAGACCCUUACGAUAAUCUCUCGCCCGAGGACAACGAUGCCAUGGCGGAAGCCUACGCUCAAACACUCGACGUGCUUGGCCCAAUAGGCUCCAACGGCUUCACCGAGCGCGAAGUCAAGGACAUCCUGUGGGAUGCUUACUUCGACGUCGACUCCGCAGUCACACAGCUCGUCGAGGAAAAGAGCAGGAGAGAAGCCAAAGCAGAAAAGGAUCGUCAAAAACAAGAGAGCGGCGACAUGCAGUUGGACGACGACGAAGGACCGACGAUAGAAGCUUUCAAAGAGCUGUCGCUGCAAAGAGAUCGCCGUGCCGAGAUCAGAGGCGGAAGAGGCAUGUCGCGAGGUAGGGCACAAGGGCUUCGCGGGCUGGCAACGGGUGGUCGGGCUGGCAUGGCGAAGCGCAACCUCGCUGGCCUAGCGCCAGACUUCGUACGAGGGCCCCAAGGCGCAUCAGCUUCCUCGAGCUCUGCAGCGCCCUUCAAGCCAACGUCGAAGCUCUCGGCGCUCGCGGCUCGAUCCAGUGCGAAGCGUCCAGCAGAGAACCCUCCUCCCAAUGCGCAGAAUCGAUCGCGACCAGCGUCCCCGGCGCCCCCAUCGACUCCAGCAAGCGCUUCGACACCUGCCGCAUCCGCUGCUGAUUCUGCCUCUGCAGCGUCACCUGCUCGCACCAGUAAGCUGGCUGCCUUGGCUGCUGCACGGAGCGGAGCUGUUGCCUCCUCAUCGAAGCCCGCCGCCGUUCCUCCGCAGGAACCAAGCACCUCGGCUGCUGCAACUUCAGACGCUGCAACCAAGCCUCUCUCCAAGUUGCAGCAGCGCAUGCUUGCGAACAAGCAACAGCGCCAAGCAGCUACGCCAGAGGCCAAGGAGGCAGCAGCGGCAGAAGCAGCAGAGGAGGAAGCUCGUUCCCGCCCACAGACCUGCUACGGUUCCGACCUGCCCAUCUCGUCCCUCUUCCCGACCGCCGACCCCGCUCCAGGACCAACAGCUGUGCCCACCGCUGCAACACGCUCAGGGACCGCAUUGGUUUCCACCAGCGCGAUAGCUGGCCCGUCCAAGGAUGAAGCUGAUCAGCUGGUUGCACCACUGUCGCGUCUCAGACAAGUGCCUGGAGGCUCGCCGUUUGCUCUCUACGUCCAGGGCUCAAGCCUUGAAUCUGAGCCUGGACUCGAGACGGUCAAAAAAGCAUUUGCUGGCCCGAGCCCGGACGAUGUUGUGAUGGAAGCGCGACAGGGCACCCGCCUAGCCGCAAAGAAAGCAGCAGCCUCAGCAAAUGCGUCCGCUCCGGCAUCGGGCACCUCGACGCCACUACACAGAAAAGCAGCAGUCGGCCAAGCUGCCAAAGCGGCUGCGACGAAACCAGGAGGAACGACGGUCAGCCAGCUCAGAAAUGAGAUCGAAGCGCUCGACAUGCAUGGGGGUGGCAGCAGGGCCGCCUCUUCCGCAGGAUCGGCUGCACCCAGCGCGGUCUCGACGCCGAUGGGCAUUGCGCACGAACGCAUCAUCGACGAAUACCGCAAGCGCGAGAAGGAUGGCAAGGCCGAGCUCAGCUUGGUCGUCGUAGGCCACGUCGACGCCGGCAAGUCGACGCUGAUGGGCCGCAUGCUCCUCGAGCUAGGCUCUCUGUCUCAACGCGAAUACUCGAGCAACGAACGAGCCUCUCAGAAGAUCGGCAAGGGCAGCUUCGCUUACGCGUGGGCCCUCGAUUCGUCCGAAGAGGAACGCGAACGCGGCGUCACCAUCGAUGUUGCGCAGGACCACUUCUCGACGCAGCACCGCACUUUCACGCUGCUUGACGCUCCCGGUCACCGCGACUUUAUCCCGAACAUGAUCUCUGGUGCAGCUCAGGCGGACUCUGCGCUGCUCGUCGUCGACUCGAUUCAGGGCGCCUUCGAGGCUGGGUUCGGACCCAACGGCCAGACGCGAGAGCACGCGCUGCUCGUCAGGUCGUUGGGCGUGCAGCAGCUCGUCAUCGUAGUCAACAAGCUGGACGCGGUGGGCUACAGUCAGGAGCGAUACGACGAGAUCGUGAGCAAGGUCAAGCCCUUCCUGACCUCGUGCGGGUUUGACGCGGGCAAGCUAAAGUUUGUCCCCUGCGGCGGGUCUGUUGGCGAGAACCUAGCUGUGCGCGAGGAAGGCGGUGCGCUAUCGGCCUGGUACACCGGACCCACGCUCGUCGAGAUCCUCGACGCGCUCGAGCCGCCCGCGCGCCAACUCGACUCGCCCCUCCGUUUGCCGGUGACAAACGUCUUCAAAGGUCAAACGGCCAUUGCUUCCGGUGUCGGCGUGUCCGGCCGCGUAGUCUCGGGCAUCGUACAGAUCGGCGACCGCCUCCGACCCGUCCCUGGCGACGAAUCGGGCAUCGUCCGCGCCAUCGAGGUCGAUAGCGAACCCGUCCCCUGGGCGGUCGCCGGCGCCAACGCCACAGUCUACCUCAGCGGCAUCGACCAGAUCCAAGUCUCGGUCGGCGCGGUGCUCUGCGCGCCCUCAGCCCCCAUUGCGCUGUGCGACUCGUUCCUCGCGCAGAUCUUGGUGUUCGAACCCACCUACCCGCUGGUCGCGGGGACUAGCGUCGAGUUGUUCCAUCACAGCGCCAACAUCGCGGCGACGCUGACGGAGCUCGUGAGCAUUUUGGACAAGACGAGCGGGGGAGUGGCCAAGAAGAAGCCGCGCGUGCUGACCAAGGGGUGCACGGCGAUGGUGAGGGUGACGGUCAAGGCGGGGGGGAUGGCGGGGCAGAGCAGCGGGAUUCCGUUGGAGGACGCCAGGACGAACAAGGAGAUGGCACGCGUGUUGAUGCGUAUGAACGGCGAGACGGUCGCUGCAGGGAUCGUUGUUGAGGCUCACACGGCUGCGUAA